AAACACCUGAACUGCCAUCCUUCGUGUUUUUUACUGGACGAAUUUCUCUUCAACAACCAGUCGUUGUCGACAAGCUAAAGCGUUGCUUAAAGAAAUGUGUUGUAUGUAUUGUAGCAACCAUUGGAGUUGGUGGGUCGAAUUUCCAUUGCUAGUAGGAGUUUACUAAUAGCGUUACUGGUAUAGCAUAUUGCAUAAAACCACCUGCCCAAAGUAAUACAAGUUGGUGCUGAAAGGGGUAAGUGUACAUAUACGUAAAGCCGACUUCAUAUUACAAAACAAUGGUAUUUUACUGGUGUAUUACCAAUCCGAUGUAAGCAUUUUUCCAAACAAAAGCAACAUAAAAUAGGUGUGCCGCACUGGUUGUAAAAAAAAUUGCUAAAAAAUAAAAUGAUGUGAAGAGUACAAAAGUUUCUCGAGUCUAAAUUUCUAAGUGCCUGAAUAAAAUGUCGUCAUAUCGUAGCCACAAUGAAAAGUGUGAGAUUCAAAUACCCAAGGCCUCCAGCAGCUUGGUUUAUGGAGGAGCUCUCACGUUUUUGGCAGGAGUAGUUUUGUUAACAGCGUUUGCAAGUCCAUAUUGGUUGGUAUCAUGGGAAUACACUUUCAGCCCAUUCAAGAAAAUGGGCUUAUGGGAGUUUUGUUUCGACGGGUAUCGGCAUCCCAAUUAUCAAUUUGACUACUUGUUCAACGGGUGUCACUGGGUGUUUUCUUACGAAUUCUUGAUCAUCCGAGAAUGGCUUCUGCCCGGCUGGCUGAUGGCCGUCCAAGCAUUCAUGACGUUGGCUCUUAUCGUAUCUCUGGGCACUCAACUGAUUUUAGCCCUCCUGGUGACAAGAUGGCCUUUACAAAUUGUGCUGGAUUAUGAAUGGAUCCUAACGAUGGGUUCCUGCAUCGGGAAUGCUAUUUGUGCCGCCUGCAUUCUUCUUUCCAUUUCUAUUUUUGGAGGUCAAUACGACCGAAGGGAUUGGCUACAGUACCCCCAGUACAAUUACCCGUCUUGGGCAUACGCCUUUGCAAUUUUUUCCCUCUUGGUGCACGGAGUUGCAGCUUUGAUUUUGUACAAGGAGGGUCAGGAAGCCAAGGAGAGGUCAAUCGAGGGAGACGGUGCUUUGGGAUUGCCCAUGCAUCCCACCGGAAGGAGCGGUCCGAGCAGUCGUGGUUUUGGUGGGGGAAUGUCCAACACCGGAUCUGUCUAACUUUCACAAUCACAAAUUCACUUUUACUGCCCUUGAUACCGAUGUUAGGAUAAAAAAGUAAAUCUCUCUAUAAAUUAUAAGGUUUGCAUGUAUCUCUCUUCACACAACCCAUAGUACUCUUAUACCCAACUAAUCCUAAAUAACUACUUAUUCUAGUUUUAACAGAACAAUAAUUUUAGAUUUUAGUGGAUUUGGUAAUACAUUUUUACAUACAGCUUUAUUACAUUUACAAAUUAACGACAUAUUUAUUAAGUAUUGCUUAUACAAAAGGGAAAAAUUUUUGAUUAUUCCUCGAGGUUUUCCCACUUCGCAUACAUUCCACUUGUGUACAUAUCAUAUCAAAUAUUUAAAGAAAUUGCAUACGCAUAAUUGUUGUCUAUGUUGCUAUAUCCUGUUAUAUAAGACGUAUAAUAAAGUAAAGGCGUUUUCUUUGUUAAAAAAAA